AUGGGGAAUUUUUCCAAUUUUUCCUUCUCAGUAAUUAUUAAUGGAGCAGCAAAAGGAUUUUUUAAGGCUUCUCGUGGGCUCCGACAAGGAGAUCCGCUUUCACCAUUCUUAUUCUUAUUAGUGGCCGAAGUGUUUAACAAGCUCAUGAAUAAUGCAAAAGAAGACGAUGCGAAGGCAGAUGAGGUUAGGAAACUCUUAGAGAUUUUAGAGAGCUUUAAAGACAAGACAGGGUUGAAAGUUAAUCUGACCAAGAUUUCCAUGAUGGGUACAGAGACACAGCAAUAUAUCAUUCAAGAGUGUGCUAGUUUAGCGUGGUAUGGGGUUGGCGAGUUUCCUUUUUCUUAUCUAGGAAUUCCUAUUGGUACUUCCACAAGAUUGAUUGGUGUUUGGAAUACAAUAAUUGAGAGAAUGACAAUUCCGGUGUCAGUAGCAAAGAAGUUAGAAAGACUCAUGCGGAAAUUUCUGUUGAGCGACACUAUCACUAAGAAGAGAUUACAUUGGAGGUCUUGGAAAAAGGUUUGUGUACCAAAGAGUGAAGGUGGCCUGGGUAUAAGAAAUUUGAAGACAACGAACGAUGCUUUAUUAACUAAAUGGUUAUGGAGAUACGGAGAGGAGAAGACUAGUUUAUGGAGGAGACUUAUAUUUGAGAAAUUUGGCGGUGUUGAAGAGGUUUGGUUACCUAAAGAUUCAAAGAGAACUUACGGAUUGGGGUUAUGGAGUGGUAUUCUUAAUCGGUCUUUACUACUUAGAAAGGGAUCAAAAUUCAGUGGGAAGAGGUAA